UAUUGAUUAAAGUGUUUGCUGUUAAAUGUGAAAAAAGAAGCAGCUUGGUUUCGCUAACUGCGCAGUGUAGCUAGCGCUGUGUUUAUCAGAUACAGCACCACGGUAGUGAAUGGCUGUAAGAUGUUAGCUGGAUGUAAAUAAAUGCUAUAAGCUUGGUAGAAAAGAAUAUGCACAAGCCGGGGGUGGAAAAUGUGCCCUACUCAGGUGUGGACUCGAUGGAGGACAGUGAAGAGCCACUGGACAGCCAGCAGUUAGGCCUCGGAGAGAAGGAGGAAGAAAGCUUCAGCCGGCUCAAGCAGGCCUCACAGUUUUGGACCAGGAUGGAUGAAAUUACUCGGCUGUUGGGCAGCAUAGAGCGCACACGCACCGAAAGUGUUUCCACACAGUCGACAGGCAGCAAACUGGCCCUGCUCCAUCGGCUUCACCAGCUGAUGACCUGCGUCGAGGACUUGAACCCCAAAAACGAGCUGCACGAGAAGGUGGUCAAGACCCUGGAUUACGCCUUCCUCGUCUGCGGCAAGAGAGCCAACAAGCCGAAGAAGGACAGCUUCAGGCUGCACAUGGUGACAUGGAAUGUGGCCACAGCUGAUCCUCCAGAUGAUGUGACCACACUUCUCCACCUGAACUCCCCAAAGAACCCUGACCUUUACGUCAUUGGUCUGCAGGAAGUGUACUCUGGCCCGUUGAGGUUUGUGUCAGACGCUGUGUUCGAUGACCCAUGGAGUUAUCUAUUAAUGUCGCUUUUAGCGCCACAGAAAUACAUCAAGGUGUCGUCCAUAAGAAUGCAGGGCCUGCUGCUGCUUUUCUUCUCCAAGCUGGAGCACGUCCCCUUCAUCAGAGAUGUCCAGGCGACGUACACACGCACAGGCCUCUUUGGUUACUGGGGUAAUAAAGGCGGCGUCUCCAUCCGAUUAUCUUUCUAUGGCCACACGCUCUGCUUCCUUAACUGCCACUUGGCUGCUCAUAUGAAGUACGCCUCUGAGAGGGUAGAUGAGUUUGAGUAUAUCAUGGACACGCAGAGCUUUGACUGUAAAAGAGCUCCAACUAUUGUUGAUCACAGAUUGGUUUUCUGGUUUGGAGAUCUCAACUUCCGAAUUCAGGACCACGGGAUGCACUUUGUCCGCAUCUGCAUCGACAAGCAGAACUACAGCCUGCUGUGGAGCAAAGACCAGCUGAUCAUGAUGAAGCAGAAGGAGCAGGUGCUGCAGGAGUUUGAGGAGGGGCCUCUGGACUUUCAGCCCACAUAUAAGUUUGACCGUAACUCUGAAUCUUAUGACACCAGACUCUACAACACAUGGUUUGGCUUUAACGCUAAGAAGCGUAAACCUGCCUGGACUGACAGGAUUCUGUGGCGACUCCGACCCAAAGCCCUGCCCCCGGAUGAGGAAAAUGAAAACAAAGUUGGGCUAGAUGCAAAGAAGCUCAAGCAGCUGGAAGAGGACAUGGAGUACCCCCUGAAAAUUAGACAGGACGUGUACACCAGCAUCAUGGAGUACAGCAUCAGUGACCACAAGCCUGUCAUUGGUAUCUUCACACUGGAGCUGAGGAAGAUGUACGAGACUCCUCUGGUGCGUCUGCGGGCAGAGGGCGACUGGAGCGCAGAUAUUGAUGCCAUGGUGGUCUACAGCCCUCUGCAGCCAUUCCCCUCCAGUACUUGGGACUGGAUCGGCCUCUAUAAGGUUGGUUUCAGCAGCGUGUCAGACUACAUCACCUACACGUGGGUCAAAGACGACGAGGUGGCCUUCAACGAGGAGGUUAUACAGGUUUAUGUAAGUAAGGAGGAAAUCCCCGUGCAGGGAGGAGACUGCGUGCUGUGCUACUACUGUAAUGCUCUGAAGUGCAUCAUUGGAAUAAGUGAACCAUUCCAGGUCCAGGCAUCUAAGGUAGCCAUUGAGGAAGGCAUGCUGCCUGAAAGGAUCAAUGGACUCGACAAAGCUGUGUCUGGUGAUGACUUUUAGAACUGAAGUCAAAUGUCAUAGAUUUGGGAAACUGUAAGGUUUUCUCUGUCGCAUUUCUUAACCUGCAGCUGAAAAAGCAACUUAGGAACUGUUCUAUCUUUUCCCCAUCUGCAUCACUGACCUCUCUAAUGCUACCAGUGAGGCUGUUUUGUUAUUUACUCCUCAGCAGUCAAACGGAUUAAAAUGGAAGCUCACAUUUAAAUUGGCAUCAUGUUGAGCAAAGAAAUUUUACUCUUCUUUUACUUUUUAUGAGUAAAAAUAAAUAAGAUGGAAUGCUUAGAUUUUACCAAAUGUGUUUGUGUCAUGAUGGAUAGGUGAAGAAUAUUUUAGGGUUUGUGAUACUCAAGGAAACGGUUAAGGUCUGAUUAUCCACAAACCACUGCAGAUACAAUUACUCAUUCUUGUACUGUGUUUUUUUUUUUCCACACGGAUCCAUGCAUUCACUCCACCAAAGUUAUAUCACUGAGUCCACCCAGUGGACCCCCCUCCACACUUGCAGUAACUACAGUGGUGUUCAGAGCCAUUGCGAACCAAAGUUUCAUGUCGCACCACUGUUUUUGAACUAUUUUGCAACCCACAAAUAUUCACCUUGAGUGGUUUUCAAUUUGAAGGUGUUUUCAAGACUUAACAGCUCCUCUGGGUUUAUGCUUUAUGGCUUUUGCCACAAAGUGUAAAAAAAACAACUUUUCACUGAAAUUAAAGUAUCUGACACUUUUGUUCACAUCUCCUGAUGUGCAGAAUAUCACAAGUCAAGUCUUGCAUAGUCCAAAUGUGGAGGCACAUGAAAGCUUGGCUUUGUACUUGGUCUGAACACACUAUAAUGCUGUGGGAGGAAAAAUACUCACACCUACUCUUAAGAAUAGGUUCGGCUCCAACUUCACUUUACUGCUACUGUAAUGAAAAGGAAAAGGGAACAUGAGUUAGCAAAACCCACGGGCCGUGUUUGUUUGAAGGGCACCAUGGUCACGUUCAGACUGAGUAGUUAUUCUGUGAAAAAUGAGCAUUCAGCCUCCACUGCUUACUACUUGGAGACGAGUAUCCUCGAUGCCAGUGUUUGAUUCUACACUGCUAAGUUUUUAUUUCAAUGGCAAAGCCGGUGUGAUGCCAGACCAGCUGCUUAUACAUUAAAAAUGUCUUAAUUUAUGGUUAGAUAAUGGCUAGUUAGAGCAACCCCUCAGAUGACAGUAGUCAAAAGAAGCUCUACGUCCACAGUCAUUGCAUGUGACUCUGUAGAGGUCUGCAGGACCAGACAACUUAAAUUUCCUUUCCACUCUUCUUUAAAGCAGUACAGACUUAAAAGGAGGAACUCCUUUUAAAAUAGACACAGAGUUUUUAGCUGUGUAAUCUGUACUGUCCUGAAAGCAUCGCUGACGUACGUAAGCUGGAUCUAGUCAUGAUUUUAAAUGUUUCCUGUGUUAUUUAAAAUAUUAACCGGGCUUUUGGAAUAUCCAGCCCUGUGACUGUGAGUGCUAUAGGGAGGUGAGAUGAUUUCGUAGCUUUGAUUUUUCUCUUCUCAGUGUUUUAAUGAACUUCAGUUGCUCCUGGAGGACUUUAAAGCAUAGCCGUAUAAUACAACCUUUGGGGGGGGUUUUGUGUUUUGUUUUUUUUUUAGCUGUGGCUGAUUUUUUUGCUUUCUGCCAUCCACCUUCUGGAAGGUUCCAGUUUUAUAUAAGAAAAACAAAUGAUUCCUGUCAUGACAUGGUUGAUUGUGACAUCACAGCAAAAUGCAGACCUUCAAGAAAUGUUGCACUGUCUACUGUAUUUGUAGGCUCUCAUGGUAUUGUUUGUGUGAUUCAAUACUAUAAAUAAAUGUGUAGUUUUGAUUGAACUAUGUGAAUUCAACAAGUGCCUCUGACACACCGCUUUACAUUUACUGUACUGUACUAUGCUGCUUAACUUUGAUACAUGCAUUGUAACAUUGACUUGAUUAUUUAAAACAUAGCAAAAUGUUUGUGGCCCGUUGGAGAUCUUUUUGAUGUGUACAUAUAUUGCUUUGGUCUGUAGAAGCAUUUCCUGAUCUGGAUUACUUUAGUUUGAAGCUUUAAAAGUAUCAGCUGUAGAGGUGUCUCCCCCAUCUCUUGAAUUUAAAGAAACUAAACUGGCUUGUGAUGCUCAAAGCACCGGUAAAAAAAAAAAAAGAAUGUUUAAUACAUACAUAUAUAAAUAUAUUAGGAAAACUCUGAAGCAAAUUCUCUUCCCAGACAUUAUGACCCAAUGUUAGCUAACAGCACACUUCCUUUAAUUGGCAGAUGUAGACAAAAGAAAGAAAAUAGUUCCUGCUCACUGCUUGCAGUGACGUUUGUGGAUGGUUGUAAGGAACCAGAUGCUGCUGCUGAGUGUUAAUACCAAAUUAGCUUUUUGAGAUUCCAGGUUCCACUGUAUUCUCAAUAAUGUCACAUUUCUAAAACUAGGAAACCCACACCAAAAUAAUCUAGAUGAGUGCUAUAGUCCAGGUGAAAUAUGCGAAAAUAUGCACACUUGAUUUUUAGAGGGGAUUGUCCCUUGAAGUAUUGCUGUUUUAAACUUUGAGCUACCGAAAUAUUUGUUGUGAAUGUUGACGUUAUUGACUUGUUGGAAUCAGUUAUACUUGCAAACAUAUAUACAUAUAUCAGUAAAUAUACAUGUAUGUUUUAACUGAAGGGUGACUUAUUUUCUGAAAUGCCAAUGAAACAUACUGUAGCAGAAUGCAAAUAAAUUUAUAGCUCUGAAUAUGCAA